UUACACUUGGCACAAUGCAGUCAGGCAAGUACUGUUCUCCUGUCAACUGCCAAACCCAGACAUAUGCAUCAGAUUGCCAGACAGAGAAGCUUAUUCAUCACUCCAGAGAACAUGUCUCCACUGCUGUAGAGUUCAUUGGCAUCUGGCUGAGUUGCUGUUGUUCCCAGUUGCAUCCACUUUGUUAUAAUACCACUAACAGUUGACUGUGGAAUAUUUAGUACCAAGGAAAUUUCAUGUAUGGACUUAUUGCACAGGUGGCAAGCUAUCACGGUACCAUGCUUGAAUUCAGUGAGCUCCUGAGAGCAAUGCAUUCUUUCACAAAUGUUUUGUAGAAGCAGUCUGCAUGCCUAG